GUUAUUAUUAUUAUUAUUAUUAUUAUUAUUUUAACUUUGUGGUAAAUGUCCUGUCCUUUGAUAAGAAAUCCUUGAAUGUCUAGGCCGUCUUAUUUCUCUUCUUCUCCUUCUUCUUCUUCAGCCCGUCUUGCCCUUUUGAGCCAAUAAGAGUGAUUCUUUUAUCUCCAUGAAACGGUGCGUGAAGAUGUAGUGGGUACGAAACAUGUGCGCACUCUCAUGCCCCUCAUGCGUGAAUAUCUUACCUCUUGGUUUGUGAGCACCUUCCAUGAUCAAAUCCAAAGCAUCCCAGUAUCAUUAUUGUCUGCAGAGCAAGGGCAAGACACAGUACCUUGCAUUGACAUUAGGGCAUUCACCUCAUCUCAUCUUAGCAUACCAAACAUCGCCCAAUCAGCCACGAGAAAUUUCCACAGUAGUGUGGUGGUACAAAGACCAUCAGCGAUCAUGGAACGCGUCCGUAGACUCUCCGGAGCCUUCCUCCAUGCCGUCGGCAAUGUCUUCUCCGAAGCUCACCCCUUCACCGAUGUCUCGCUCAGUCCCGCGCAAGCCGAUGCUCUCAUCAAAUAUCAACGACGACUUCCGCAUCCCAUGUUUCUCGGCGAGCGCGCGUUUGUGGUAACCGAUAUCGUCGAUGUGGAGAGUUCCAGUGUGGAAAUCCAGAAAGCUCUCGUCAACCACGGUAUCAUAUUAGAAGCGCCCACGGCUCUUGAACCUGGGAUGUUGGCCCCGAGACCUAGCGUGGAAGAUGAGCAUCCGGUCAAACCGGCCGCGAUUACGAAAAACUUCCCUCAUCAGCUUGCUUCGACCAAUCUUUCAAUCGGUGGUCAGAAACUGGUCGUUGCGCUCUUGUGUUUUUGGUUUGAGGAGUGGAAGAGGUAUUGUCGAUUGGAACGGGAAGAAAAAGAUCUCCGGGAACAGAUUGAGGUUGCGAGACGCGUAGACAAUACACGGGCGAUAAGUUUCUUUUCUUUGGAGCUGGAUAAAGUAUCGAGGAAGAAGAGGAUGUUGUGGAGUGAGAGAGAGGAAAAUAGGGAAGUGGUGGGAGCCUCAAGUAAUGCGUCGGGUCCGAGUGAAGCGCGGGGUCGUGGGGAGAGACUCGCUGGAGAUGCAGCCGAAGAUCAGUUGCCGAGUUAUGGAGAUUCGACGAUGCAUGGUGUGACGAUCCAGAUUGAGACUGGAGGAGCGGCGAGAUGUCUGAGUAGUGGUGGGUUGGAUGAAUUACCUAGUUAUGGUGAUUUGACUGCGGAAAGUGCCACGCCCAGCAAUGGUGGAGUCGCAAGAGCUUCUAGCAGCGAUGCAGUUGUUGAGUCGCCAAAUACCGAUGUCGUUAAUCAGUCGUCCAAAAAUCAUAGUUCGUGAAGAUGAAGAUUAAGGAAUUGUUUCAAGGUGGAGGAGUUGGAUGCAAGCCAGAGUUCACAUGCAUGAUUAUGAUUUAUAUUUUUUCGCGCCUGAAAGACAUCACUUGAGCAUUGGAGUUGGAAGAAAUAUUGUUUAUCGAAAGCGUGGUAAUAGGAGUCUAGACUCGAGACUAUAACAAGUGUUGAGAACGGACAGGUUUUCUAGCGGUUGAGUAUAGGAAUACGGAUAGGAAUACUGGAGCGUAUGCUGCAAAGGGGCUUUUGGGAGGGGGUUCCCGUCGCAUUAUCAAACAUUCGUUUUAUAGAAUUCGAAGAUUCCUUCUUCUUGUACUCAUAUAUGUGGCUUUAAUUAUAAUCAUCAUCAUCAUCAUCAUCAGAAAGACA